GGGAAUUGUAGUCACAUUCAUUGCACCAGCUCUUGAAUCUGAUUCUGGAUGUACAUUUUUGGCUUUCUCUUUCUGCCAGAGUCAUUGGCUGUAACAUAAUCAGAAUAUAUUCAAAACUAUUGCUUGUAAACAGCCAGAUUGGUUGGUGUUUUUGUUUUGUUAUUGUUAGAAGUCUGGAAAGUAGCAUUAUUUUUUGUCUUUUGUGUUGGCAUUCAAUGUGGAUAGACUGAAUUCUUUUAAGUAAUUAUCCAACACAUUUAAGAGACUGCAGUGUUCCUAGGCUUGAUGUAACCAGUACAAUGCUGUGUGGAAAUAGGAGCAUUUGGAGAAACUCACCAUCCAAAAGGAAUCGUUUUCCAUUUGAAUUCUGUGCUGGACAUCCUCCAUGACCGUGACAAACACCUUUGGCAAGUGAAUGUAGAAUUGGAUCAGCCAAUCAGUUGUCCUUGAUUUUUGUCUUCUCUGUUUAAAGGAUUUUUCUACAGAGGCUGCCAAGAAAUUGUUGCUGGUUCAAUACAGUUUUAUUUAAAUCCAUAUUUUGAAUGUAGUUUAGAAGUAUUUGAAACCAUGGGAAUAAAGGUCCAGCGUCCUCGGUGUUUUUUUGACAUAGCCAUAAACAAUCUACCUGCUGGAAGAGUUGUCUUUGAAUUAUUUUCUGAUGUGUGUCCCAAAACAUGUGAGAAUUUCCGAUGUCUUUGUACAGGUGAAAAGGGUACAGGAAAAUCUACUCAGAAGCCAUUGCAUUAUAAAAGUUGUCUUUUUCACAGAGUUGUAAAGGAUUUUAUGGUUCAAGGUGGUGACUUCAGUGAAGGAAAUGGACGAGGUGGGGAAUCCAUUUAUGGAGGAUUUUUUGAAGAUGAGAGUUUUGCCGUUAAACACAACAAAGAAUUUCUGUUGUCAAUGGCCAAUAGAGGAAAGGACACUAAUGGUUCACAGUUCUUCAUCACAACUAAACCUACACCUCAUUUAGAUGGGCACCAUGUUGUUUUUGGACAAGUGAUAUCUGGUCAAGAGGUUGUAAGAGAGAUUGAAAACCAGAAAACAGAUGCAUCGAGCAAACCAUAUGCUGAAGUACGAAUACUUAGCUGUGGGGAGCUAAUUCCCAAAUCCAAAGCCAAGAAGGAAGAAAAGAAAAGACAUAAGUCAUCAUCUUCAUCCAGUGAUUCAGAGAGUUCAAGUGAUUCUCAGUCCUCUGAUUCAUCUUCUGAUUCGGAAAGUGCUUCUGAAGAAAAAUCAAAAAAAAGAAAAAAGAAACACCGGAAGUCCCGAAAACAUAAGAAGGAGAAGAAGAAGAAAAAGAAAAGCAAGAAAAGUUCUUCUACUGAGAGUGAAGAUGAAAGCCCUGAAGCACAACCACAAUCUACGGUCCGUCCAGAAGAGAUUCCUCCUAUUCCCGAAAACAGGUUUCUGAUGAGAAAAAGUCCUCCUAAAGUAGAUGAGAAAGAGAGGAAGAAUAGAGAAAGGGAGAAAGAAAGAGAGUGUAAUCCAUCUAAUUCCCAAUCCUCUUCAUAUCAAAGACGACUUCUAGUCACAAGGUCUGGAAGGAAAAUUAAAGGAAGAGGACCAAGACGCUAUCGAACACCUUCCAGAUCCAGAUCACGGGAUCGUUUCAGGCGAAGUGAGACUCCUCCACAUUGGAGACAGGAGAUGCAGAGAGCACAAAGGAUGAGGGUAUCAAGUGGUGAAAGGUGGAUCAAAGGAGAUAAGAGUGAAUUGAAUGAAAAUAAAAAAGAAAAUCAAAAAAGUCCUGCAAGAGGAAAAGAAAGAAAAAUAUCUGAACACAGACAUGUAUCAGAAAGUCCAAAUAGAAAAAGUGAAAAGGAAAAGAAAACUAAAGACCAUAAAUCCAACAGUAAAGAGAGGGACACAAGGAGAAAUUCAGAGAAAGAUGACAAAUAUAAUAAAAGCAAAGCAAAGAGAAGGGCCAAGUCUAAAAGCAGAAGUAAAAGUAAAGAGGAGUCAAAAAGUAAAGAAAGAGAUUCCAGGCAUAACAGGCAUGAAGAGAAGAGGAUGAGAUCAAGAAGCAAAGAGAGAGAUCAUGAAAAAGUAAAAGAAAAAGAGAAGCAUUCUGAUUCUCGCAUCAAAGAGCGAGAAAAGAGCAGGAGUAAAGAGAGGUCUAAGCGAGCAGAGUCAAAAAAUAAUGAACAUGACCAUAGCAGAAGUAAAGAUAAGGACAAACGGGCCAAGUCAAAGAGUAGAGAACGAGAGGUGACCAAAGGAAAGCACAGCUCCAAUGGCCGAACAAGGGAACGAAGCAGAAGCAGGGACAAAGGAAGAAGAGCCAGAUCUAGGAGUAAAGACCGAGACCGUAGUAGGAGCAAAGAGUACUAUAGGAACAGAGAGAGGGAAUCCCGGAGAAGAGGGAGAUCAAGGAGCAAAGAGAGAAAAGGAACACCAGAAAAAUCUAGAAGUAAAGAUAGAAGGAGGAGGAGAGAGUCAAGGAGUUCAGGGAGGGAGGAAAGUCAAAGCAGAAACAAAGAAAAAAGUAAAAACCAAGAAACAAAGAGUUCACACAGAAAAGAAAACUCUGAGAAUGAAAAAAGGCACUCGAGGAACCAUGAUAACAGUAGCCGAGACAGCAGUAAGGAGAAAAAAGCUGAUAGAACCCAGAGUCCAAAUUCAAGGAAACAGAAUAGUAAGGACAAAGAAUUAAAGUCCUCCACAUACAAAAAUAAGGAAGAAGACAAAAACAGAUGCUCAUUAGAAAAAGAAAUCAACCAAAAAUCAAAGAGUCAAGAAAGAGACCAUACACGAGGUAAAGAUAAAAAAUCUGAUCAUGAGUCCAGCCCUGGAACUGAUGAAGACAAAAGUGGAUGAGUGAGGGCCUCGAACUUUGAAUUUCCAUUUUUCUCUUUAGGUUUUAGAGACUUGCUGAAGAACACAUCUUUUUUUGUUGUUUUCCUCUUCCUUUUUGUUUUGGGGUUAUUUUAUUUUUUUUGGUUUGGUUUUUUUUUUUUAAUGCGGACUUCAUUAAGUUUGAUCUUUUGAUAUUCUACAACCUGAAUAAUUUGUACUGCUAAAGUUUUAAUAAACUUGAAAUGAGAAAAACACUUUUGUGUAAUACUGUGUGCUGUUUAACUCUUCCGUUUCUCUUUGUGUUGUAGCCAUCAAUCAACAGUUACUAUGUCUAAGAUCUGUUGGAUCAAUUAGAAACAAAUAAAAUUGUUAAUUGCAAUAGUAUUUUUUACAAAAGUUUGCACUUCUCAUGUUUUAGAUAUUUUUAAAAGCCAUUAAAUUGAAAGGAAGUCAUACUGAUAUUUCUGAUCACAUUUUAGGGAGUAUGUUACUGAUAUUCAUCAUAAAUAUAAGUGGAUUUUUUUAUUCCAAGAAAGCAAUGCUAAUUAUAUGGUUUUUCUGAAUAAUUAUUUUUAAAUUUUGAUCUUAUAAUUUGUGCAUUAAACACAGAAAAAUGUCUACUUAGCUCUUUUGUUUUACUUUACAUCUGUUUCUUUAUAUUUUAAGCUAUGCUUGUUCAUUCAUUUCCUUAUGAUGUUUUAUAUACUUAUUUUUCACUUAAAUGUCAAAUUGGAUUCAAUUUUAGUAUUUAGGAAAGUCAUGCUUAUCUGAUCAGUUGAUAUAAGUAGCAAUAGUCUUGGCUUGCUGUUACACAGCAUCAGAUAGAAUUUAUACUUAGGAAAUAGAUUUUAAGUGUGAUUUUUAAAAAAUAGAUUAUCCCUUUUUUAUUCAAGAAGAAUCAGAAUUAGCACUAGUGGUAUUUGUUUUCCAUUGAGUUAUUUCCUGAGAAAAUAUCUCUAUGAGCAUUCAUUUACAUGUACAAGACCCUACAUAUUAGCCUGAGCCUAAAAAUAGCUAUAAUUGUUAUAUUAAAUUUUUGAAAUUUGUUCCAAUUGGCACCGUACAUGAAUCAGAGUUAUUACUCUGGAUGCUUAAACAGCUUCUUUAUCUAAAAUCUUAAUGGAGAUUUAAGAAUCAAAUGGCAGGAAUUUGUUAUGAAUGUCUUUCUUACAGUGACACUAUAGCAUAUUUUAUUUAGCUUAGCAUUUACAAAAUGCCAUAUGUUGCAGAAAAUUUCAAAAUUGAAUAGCACUACUCAGAUAUGACCAAAAUGAGUUUUAAAGUGGCAUUUUUUUAAAAAUGCUUAUUUUUAUGGUAUAUGGCUUUUCUCCCUGUUCUUUUAAGAAAACAGAAUAACCAAACACAAAAGUUAUUUCAUUGUGAGAGUAAAGGAGCAGGAACAUCUAUGAUCCCAGUUCCUAAGAGCAACUGGAGUCUUUUGUAAUUAAGAUACUGUCAGUUAUAUUCAUAAUGCAACUUCUUAGUAAAUCCAGUAACUAUUGAAUGAUGCUUUUUAUGCUUAAUAAAGUAGUGUUUAAUAUAUGAUACUUAUUGUUAUCACUUUAAUAAAGGAAUAAUGCUUUUUCUAUUGUGUAGUCAUUUAAUGAUAUAGAAUCAAGGGAUACCAUAUCCUUCCUUUCCCUUGAAGAAACAAUCCAAAACGGAUAUCACUGGGUUGGUUGGUUUUGAUCUUUAGGCCUAAUCGCAUAUCAGUGAAAGCAUUCACUAUUAUUUGGCAUAAAUUUAAAGAAUUAUAUUUAAAUUGUGCUUGCUGUAAAUUGAUUCUUUCAAGCUCAUUGUAUGAAAGGUUGUACUUAUUUAAAGACCUAAUAUUAGUAUGAUCAAAAGCCAGUUUCAGGUUUUAAAAAGGUACACACACUUUUGGUCUUAAAACACACACUUACAUUGGACUUUUCUCAUAAAAAUUCUAUUAGUUCUCAUAUGUCAUUUAGUGGUUUUUAUAUGCAUUUAGAUUUCACUAUUUAAAAAAUACAUUUUUAUGAGUUACCAUUUUUCCUUCAUAGGAUUUCAAAAAGUAUUUCUUUUUAAUUAACUAUCUUCUGUAUGUUCUUGUAGUGUAAAGCAAUUUUACAAGAACAGAAAUAAUCUGGGAAAAACUGGAGGAGACUUUUUUUGUCUGUUACAACAUUAGAAUAAAAGUUAAGCAAUGAAGGAAUAAGGGAGAAAAGACAAUCAGUUGAGUUUUGCUUUCAGAAUUUUAAUAAGCAGAUAAAAACUAAAUGAAUGCUACAUGAACUACAUGUUUUUGAAUCAUAAGUAGACUAAUAUUUUCUCUUAUUGAAUUCAUGUCCUAUUUUGAAUGUUAUAUGUUUUAAUGUUUUUUUUACAUCUUAUUAGUCAUGACAUUUAACAAACAUACUCAGUUGUGGUUGACUCUAAGAAAAACUAUCAAUGUCUUUGCUGUUACAUUCACUUCACAGUAUUUGCUGUCCAGAAUUAUAGUUCAAAGUUACAGUUGUUCAAAAUUAUAAUUGCAAUAUAUUUGACUUGAUGUCAUUUUAGAAUAGUUUAUUUUUUCUUGUUCAAUUAUAUUGUUUCAUCAAGCCCUUUGGUUACUUUAUUGGAGUGACCCCUUAUACAUAUAAUUUCGGAGCUUUUGUGAUAUGUAGAUGUAAUGUUACUACUAAUGUUUUGGGGUUUUGUAUGCUCUUCAAACUGGAAUUAUUGGCCACAGAAAUUGUGGUAGUAAGUUGUUAACUCUUGAUGUAAUAUCAGCUCUCUAGGGAGAAACUUUUUGAAAAGUUUAUUCAUUGAAUUUGUACAAUAGUAUGGUUGUCUAUAAACGCCUAAUUGAGGUGCUUGAGGAAAUUAUACUUUGACAAAUUUGAAUUUGCACUUAUUGGCUUUCAGAAUUAACCUUUUUUCUAGGAAUAAACAGAAUUAUUGACCAUAUGAUUUUCCUUUGUAUUGUUUGAUAGCAAUUUAUUUAAUCUGGAAUAGUUCAGAUGAUCCUUAACUGAUAUUGUGAACAUAUAUAAAUGUAUAUGUACAUAUCUUUAUAUGGAAAAAUGAAAGAAUGAUACAGAACAUUUUCAUGCUUUUAAAAUUACAUUAAUUAUUAGAGUUCUAUUAUCUUAAUUUUAAAAGUACUUCAUUUUUAAAUAGUCCCUCUGUUCAUUCCAGACAAUAAGUUUCAUCAUCACCUGAACUUCUUAAGGCCCCUUUAAAGGAAAUUGUUAUGAUUGCCUUCACUAAAAGUCAUCUGUUUGCUAUUGAUUUUUAAAGGCAUUCUAUUCAGUUAAUUACUAUAAGUAAAUAUAAAGCAUGUGUUUUCCUUGUUAUAUCCCUUCUUCCUUUGGCUACCCAUUAUAGUUAUUUUUUUAAAGAAAGGAAAUCUUUUUCAGUAAGGUAGGAGUGAGAUAAGUAACUGAAUUUUUUGAGCAGGUAACUUUCUAAGCACUGUCUCCACCAUCCCUCCUUUGUGUAUAUAGCUUUUUUGGAAGAUUGAAAAGGAAAUUGAGUGUUUGGGUAUAUAGGUUGGGUGUUAUCACUCUUUCUGUGGCCGCUCUGCUUGUUGAAGGAAAGGCAUAAAUGAAGUUCAUAUACUUCAUUUUACUUAACUCAGAAGUCACUGUGAUAAUAUAUAUUUUUUUAAACUAGAAACAAAAUUCAAAUGUAAAGUUAGUUCAAAAAAUACUGCUUCAUUCUAGCAACUGUUCAAUUGUUUUCUGCAAAUCACAUUUUGCAAAAUUUAAAUUUCAGAAACUCAAUGUAUUAACUUUUAUAGUUUAAACAUUGUAUUUAAUAAAUAACAUAAUAAAACAAUAAUUUGUAAUUCAUUUCUUUUUGUCUGAAAUCAUUAAGACCACGGGAACUUGCAGAAGCCAAUUUUGUAAUUUGUGUCAACUUGUUUUGAAGUCAUUUUAGAAUCUAGAGUAAAUGUCUUCAUUUUAUUGCUUUAUAUUUCAAUGUAUGUAUCAGCCUUUCAGCAAACUUAUCAAAAUUUAAAUGGAGCAUAGAGUGAACUAGCUAAUUUGUAUUACUGUAUAUUGGAAGGCUGGCAUUUUUAAAAAUAGUUCAGAUUUUACAGCAUAAAAAAUGUAUCUGCAACAAAUCUUGCAUCCAUGCUUGACAAUUUUAAUCUUACCUUUGUAAAUCUAUAAAUGUUGCUGAUUUGUAUGUAACAUCUAUUGGUAGCUUUUUAUAGUAAAGCUCCAAUUUAUUUGAGAAGAGUUUUGUGUUUCAAUAUAAAUUAUUUGGGAACUAGCUAGUCACUGAAAUUGGUGACAGCUAUGGAAGCCAAUAGAAAAAUGUUCUGAUUAUUAAAUGGAUUAAUAUGUGUAACAUAGAAUGCAUCAACUGGUAAUUUUAUUAAUCUUAAAGCUUUGGGUUUUUCUUAAUAUGGCUAUUAUGAACCAGGAGAAAAUGUAAAAUGUGAGCACUUAAUGUGGACUGUGUAACUUGUGUAUUAAAAUAUUUUCAGAAAUA